GUCUGUGCAUAGAAAAGCACCCAAAGCAGCUGAAUGCAGUUAAUUGUUUCUCCUUGCUGCAUGACUCUGGCAGAGUCUGCCAAGAGUGGUUGGUAUUGACAGUAAUCACUGCUCGGUGCAGUACAUACGGACAAGCCAUAGAGCAAGCCAGAAGAACAGCAGAACAUGAAUGGUGCAAAGUUCAACUUCAACACACCUUUUGGAUGUACCAAUCAGAUCCCAAACUCCAACACACCUUUCGGAUGUGCCAGUCAGAUCCCAAACUCCAACACACCUUUUGGAUGUACCAAUCAGAUCCCAAACUCCAACACACCUUUCGGAUGUGCCAAUCAGAUCCCAAAGCAGGAUAGUAACAAACCACCUUCCUUACGUUUCAUUUUUGGGUUAUCUCCACCACCGCCACCAGACUGUAGCAAUCAGAUGGCUUCCUGUGUACCAGAACUGACUGACAGAAAGCCUGGGCAUGAGCAGGAAGUGUCCGAGAAGCAGAAUGACAGUGAAGAGGACAAGGAUGAGGCAGCAGAAUACACCUUGCACGACCAAUAUGACAAAAAGAUCCGACCUUGUAUUGACCUUGUCGACAGCCUGAGAAUGCUUGGUAUAGGAAACGACCUGACGUUGCCUGCGAUUGCACUGAUUGGAGACCAGAACUCUGGGAAAAGCUCUGUCCUUGAAGCUUUAUCUGGCGUUUCUCUUCUUACGGACAGUGAUGUCAUUACUCGCUGUCCUCUGGAACUCAAAAUGAAAAAAAUAACACCGCCAUCAGAAUGGAAAGGAGUAAUUUAUUACAGCAACAUGGAAAUACAACUCCAGAAUGCCUCAGAGGUGAAGGAAGCAAUAAGAAAAGCCCAAGAUACAGUGGCUGGCACUGAUGGUAACAUUAGUGGAGAACUAAUUUCCCUUGAAAUCUGGUCCCCGGAUGUCCCAGACCUGACACUAAUUGAUCUUCCUGGAAUUGCCAGACUGGCCAUGGGGAACCAGCCACAAGACAAUGGCCAACAGAUCAAAAUGCUACUUAAAAAAUAUAUUGGCUGCAAAGAGACAAUCAUUUUGGUAGUGGUACCAUGCAAUGUGGAUAUUGCAACAACAGAAGCUCUGAAAAUGGCUAAGGAAGUGGACCCCACAGGAGAAAGGACACUUGGGAUCCUUACUAAACCAGAUCUGGUGGACAAAGGAACCGAAGAGGCUGUCCUUAAGAUAAUGCGAAAUGAAGUCAUCCCACUCAGAAAAGGUUAUAUGAUUGUGAAGUGUCAUGGGCAACAGGACAUCAAUGACAAUCUGUCCUUGGCUUCUGCAAUCCAGCAAGAGAGACAGUUCUUCGAGACUCACAAACAUUUCAGCAUUCUUCUGGAUGAAAAUAAGGCUACUAUCCCUCAUCUGGCAAAUAAGCUUACCAAUGAACUUGUGGGACAUAUUGCUAAAACUUUGCCUGCAAUGGAGAUCCAAAUACAUGAUGUGCUGCAACAAGCAAAGAAGGAACUACAAAAGUACUCACAAAGCACACACAAAACUGACCGUGAGAAAAUGCUUUUCCUUGCAGGAUUGAUCAAAGUGUUUAAUGAAGAUAUCUCUCAGGCAAUGUAUGGAAAGGAAUCCUGGUUUGGAAAUGAAAUCAGAUUGUUUCCAAAAAUCCGCAGAGAGUUUCAUACAUGGGGAGUAAAGGUCCUGGAGAGCACUGCCAAAGUUGAAGAAAUCAUACGCAGUAAAGCGUCCAAAUAUGAACACCUGUACCGUGGACGGGAGUUCCCAGGCUUUAUCAGCUACUGGAUAUUUGAGGACAUUAUAAAAGAGCAAAUUUCAAAGCUGGAGGAGCCAGCUGUUGUGAUGCUGAACAAAGUGAUCUGUAUGGUUGAAGAGAAAUUUUUGCAGCUGGCUAACAAGCAUUUUGCUAAUUUUCAGAACUUAAACAAAGCUGCUAAGGCCAGAAUUGGUUCCAUUGCAGACAGACAAGCAACGACUGCGAAAAAUUUCAUCUUGACUCAAUUUAAAAUGGAGAGAAUUGUAUACUGCCAGGAUAACAUUUACGCAGAUGAUUUAAAAGCUGCCCGGGCAGAAAGCAUCAACAAAAAUACAAAAAUCAAAGACCUUGGUCUUGCAACUGCUUCAAGUCAAGGUCCCAGAUUUGUCCUGGAAAUGGUUUCUCACACAAAGGCCUAUUUCACUGGAGCAAGUAAACGCCUGAGCAAUCAGAUUCCUCUGAUCAUCCUCUCUACUGUUCUUCGUGACUUUGGAGAUUAUUUGCAGAUCUCAAUGUUGCAUCUCUUGCAAGAAAAAGAAGAAUUAAACCACUUACUCCAGGAAGAUCAUGAAGCUGCUAACCAGCGGAAGUUACUAACCAGCCAAAUUAGUCGCCUCAACAAAGCCUACCAGUACCUAGCAGACUUUAAGUCUCUGUAGAUUUCCUCAUCUUUCAGAAGUAUUUUUCUGCUUUUGCUUUCUAGCAUUGAUGAGGAGCUUCGCAAAAUCCUCCAACGCAGCAACCUUUAAUACCAGUUUCUAGAUUUUUCUAAUGAUUUAGUGGUCUAGUUCUGUCUUAAUUUCCAUAGUCUGAUAUGCCUACCCUUGUCUAAGCUCCACUGCAGUAGUUGUGAUAAAAUGUUAUCCCACUUUCAACCAUUCAUUAUAAACUUUGUCUUCCAUACAACAUCAAAAUAUAUUUUCUAAAAGCUUGAGCUCUGACGUAGGUGGUUUUGGUUUUAUUUUUUAAGGGAUGGGGAGCCUUCAGCUGUGGAACCCAAAAACUGCAAAAAUCCUAUCACGUAACUUUUCUAGAUCUCUGUGAUUUUGCUGUGGUUGUUGUAUUGCCUGCCUUGCAUAGAAGAUACUCGUGCAACGUGUUACCACUGGUAAGUUCCAACUCUGCAGAUAAAGAUGCUGCUCACAGUGUGUCUGAAACAGUUCCAGCCUAAAGGGAAAUAACUGCAGCUGAUAAGUAUACUCACAGGAUGAUGUUAGGAUUCAUUUCUCUUUUUUCUCUGACUUAUAUGGUUAUGGUUAGAAAACCAAGAUGUUUUUCUAUUAGGUGCCUGGACCUCUGCCUGAGAUUUUGGGGUUGAUGGUGGAUUUACCAGACCACUGGAUUGGGUUGUAUGUAACAGAUUAAUCCACAAGACACUGAACAGUGAAAAGAUGCCUCAGCACAUAGCAUGCUACCUGCUAUCUCCUCCUUCUCAGGCUGAGGAGAAUCUUUCCAAAAGCUGUCUUUCAUUUCAUGGAAGGCAGAGCAAAACGCAAUACUGCACAUCGUAAUUGUGACAUCUUUCAUAAGGAGAUUUUAACAGGCAAAACUUUACUCUGUGCAGUGAGUGAGGGCUGGCUGCAUUCUGCUAAAAAAAUGUGCCUAUUCCAGUUUGUCAUGUAGCAGUUCCCAAGACAAGCAGUUCCCAAGGUUACAAAAGAAGCCUUCUCUUUGUAACAUGGCAGCAAUGGAGGGCUGACUUCUGCAGCACAGAGCUCAACCCAUUGGAGCAUGCAGCAUUUAUAACCCUGUUAAGCACUACCAACAGUUUUCCACAUCUACUAGCAGCACAGCAGCUUACAAGCCCUAUAAAAACCUGAUACCAUAACACUGAAACACAUUUAAUUUUUAUUUUGAAUGUGCUUUAAAGUUAUAAACUGCUUCAUGGCAUCCCCUAAGGGGCGCAUGACAAUCAUGUGCUAUUGGAAAUACCCCUAGAGAAAACAGGCAGGUACACUGCUUUGGGCAGUGUGAGUUACAACAAAUUAGGGUGCAAUUCCCUCAUCCCACUGCUUUUCAGUCUAAACUUCCCCAUUUAACUCCAUCUCAUAAGCCCAAGUGAUUUUGGCAGCCCCCUCCCCUGAAGAUAUCCAGUAUCCCUGACCAGCCAGCUCUAUUCCCCUGGCUUUACUCAGGAACCUGAAAUUCUGGAGUUAAAAAAAAAAAAAAAAAAGGCAAGAUAACCCUCUUGCUUUUUCUCGUCCUGCUUCUUCUUUCUUGAAUGAGCUUCACAGAAGAUUUCAGACAUUGAGUUUAGCAACUGCUUCCAAGACAUCCCAAACAAACUGCUACAAAGGAAAAUUAUUUGUAAAAAAAAAAUAUAUUUUUUUAUUUGGUGCAGUGUUUCCAUGCAAGGUAAUUGCAUUUCAGUACCAACACAACUAGCGUCAUUUAUUUCAAGAAAAUUAUCCUUCUUAAUAAAAGUGACUUGUUAUGGCUUUUUGA